ACCAUUGACAUUGCUCUCUGGAAAUUUGAGACCACCAAGUACUACUGCACAGUCAUUGAUGCCCCCGGACACAGGGAUUUCAUUAAGAAUAUGAUUACCGGGACAUCCCAAGCUGAUUGUGCUGUUCUUAUCAUUGAUUCCACCACUGGUGGUUUUGAAGCUGGUAUUUCUAAGGAUGGACAGACCCGUGAACAUGCUCUCCUUGCUUUCACUCUUGGUGUGAGGCAGAUGAUUUGCUGUUGUAACAAGAUGGAUGCUACUACGCCUAAGUACUCCAAGGCAAGGUAUGAUGAAAUUGUGAAGGAAGUUUCUUCCUACAUGAAGAAGGUCGGUUACAACCCUGACAAGAUCCCUUUUGUUCCCAUCUCUGGUUUUGAGGGAGAUAACAUGAUUGAGAGGUCUACCAACCUUGACUGGUAUAAGGGUCCAACUCUUCUGGAGGCUCUUGAUCAGAUCAAUGAGCCAAAGAGGCCAUCAGACAAGCCUCUUAGGUUGCCCCUUCAGGAUGUGUACAAGAUUGGAGGAAUUGGAACUGUGCCUGUCGGACGUGUUGAAACUGGUGUCAUCAAACCUGGAAUGGUUGUUACCUUUGCACCCACNGGACUGACAACUGAAGUUAAGUCCGUGGAGAUGCACCACGAAGCACUCACUGAGGCUCUUCCCGGUGACAAUGUGGGNUUCAACGUGAAGAAUGUUGCUGUGAAGGAUCUGAAACGUGGUUUCGUUGCCUCAAACUCCAAGGAUGACCCUGCGAAGGAGGCUGCAAAUUUCACGUCCCAAGUUAUCAUNAUGAAUCACCCUGGGCAGAUNGGAAAUGGCUAUGCACCUGUUCUUGAUUGCCACACCUCCCACAUUGCCGUGAAGUUUGCCGAACUCGUGACCAAGAUUGACAGGCGGUCUGGUAAAGAGCUGGAGAAGGAGCCUAAAUUC